CCAUCUCCUCAACAUAGAGAAGUGAAGUAGCCUAGCCAGAGGGGUUCUUUUUCCAAGAAAGCAAAGAAGCUAAACAACAAUGGCGGCCGCAGCUCUUUCUUCGACAGUUUCAAGGCUUUUCAAAUCUACCUCCUCUUCCAGGCCUCUCUCCAUCAUCUCACCCAAAACCCUAUCUUUUUCUCCCCCAACAAUCUCCCGCCGUCUCCCCGGCGCCGUCAGGUUUUCCACCGCCCCAAGAAUCUCCGCCGCGAUCUCCGUCGGCGACAAGCUUCCCGACGCGACGCUCUCAUACUUCGACUCCUCCGACGAGCUCCAGACCAUUUCCAUCUCCGACCUCACGUCCGGGAAGAAAGCCGUGAUCUUUGCCGUUCCCGGCGCGUUCACGCCGACCUGCUCCCAGAAGCACCUCCCCGGGUUCGUGGGCAAGGCGGGGGAGAUCAAGGCGAAGGGGGUGGACGCCGUCGCGUGCGUGUCGGUGAACGACGCCUUCGUGAUGAAGGCGUGGAAGGAGAAUCUGGGGAUCAGAGACGAGGUGCUGAUGUUGAGCGAUGGGAAUGGGGUUUUCACGAGGGGAAUUGGGGUUGAGCUUGACCUCAGUGACAAGCCUGUGGGGCUGGGAGUGAGGUCCAGAAGGUACGCCAUGCUUGUGGAAGAUGGGAUUGUCAAGGUCUUGAAUCUGGAAGAAGGGGGAGCUUUCAAUGUCAGCAGUGCUGAGGAUUUGCUCAAAGCCCUCUAGAGGUUUCUUCUUCUUCUUCUUCUUCUUCUUCUUCUUCUUCUUGUUUUCUUGAAUCUUGGCUGGGGAUUUCUGGAUUGGCUCCUCUUUUACCUAAUAAUGGCUGGUGAUCAAUAAUGUAUUUCUACUUGAGAGUGUAUUGAGAGAUUGUCUACUUUGAAAUAAUGAUGAUGAUGAUGCAAAGCUUUCAUGCCUUUGGUUUUUUUAUAUACUCGGUUUUAUGGUCACUUUACAGUUUUAAUAGCUUAACUAUGCCUACCCUAAUCAAAUGGUGUGUGGGAAUCAAAUCUAUCUCCAAAGGCCCCUGAAGUUGUUGUUUUUUAAUAAUGUUUAUAUUGCUUAUGUUAGACAUGAUUGUUACAGGGUAGCCAGCAUCUUAGCGAGACGUGCUGAAGUGCAAUCUUGUGUGUGGAACUGUAAUCCUCUGAAUUUUGUUGCUGAUGCUUUGAGUAAUUUAUGGAAGUUUCUUCUACUUUGGAAAAAAAUGAAAAUCUUGUCACUACACUAAAAUAUGCUCCCUUUG